UCUCACACAUACACACACACAUGCGCUGUGGUCCCACAAGUUAAUCUGUGACUCACCACACACUCCAGCCUUAACCUCUCCUGUAACAGACCUGAAGAGACCUCAUCCUCACCAUGCAUAGCAAGGACCAGAUCAGCCAUGACGACUACCAGAAGACAGCUGAUUGGCUGCUGUCCCAGACACAGCACCGGCCCAAGGUAGCGAUCAUCUGUGGCUCUGGACUGGGCAUGCUCGCUGACGGGCUCAAGUGCCAGGACUCCUUCCCCUACGCCGACAUCCCUGGAUUCCCCCAGAGCACCGUGCAGGGUCAUGCAGGCAGACUGGUGUUUGGGGAGCUGAAGGGGAAGACGUGUGUUUGCAUGCAAGGCCGUUUUCACAUGUACGAGGGACACUCCCUCAGCAAGACCACCUUUCCUGUCAGGGUGUUCAAGCUGUUGGGGGUGGAGACUCUGAUUGUGACCAAUGCAGCGGGGUCGCUGGCAGACAGCUACAACACGGGUGACAUCAUGAUCAUCAAAGACCACAUCAACUUCCCUGGACUGGCUGGGCUCAACCCCCUCAACGGACCCAACGAUGACAAGUUCGGCCCCCGGUUCCCGCCCAUGUCUGGUGUGUAUGACCGGGAGCUCCGCCGGCUGGCGCAGGACAUCAGUAAGACCAUGGGGGUGUCCCAGUACAUCCAGGAGGGGGUGUACUGCAUGGUGGGAGGCCCAAACUUCGAGAGCAUCGCAGAGGCACGCCUUCUGCACAGACUAGGGGUCGAUGCCGUGGGGAUGAGCACAGCUCCCGAGGUGCUAGUAGCCAGCCACUGUGGCAUGCGUGUGUUCGGACUGUCUCUGAUCACCAACAAGGUGGUGAAGUGCUACGACGACCCCGAGUGCGUGGACCACGAGAGCGUCCUGGAAGUCAGCAAGCUACGCUCCCAGACACUGCAGGCCCUGGUCAGCGAGCUGGUGGGACGGAUGGACAUCAACAACAACACCGCCUGAACACACGCCCACGCGCCCUCCCUCUCGAGCCGACGCCGAUAGACGUCCGGUGUGGAUGUCCUGUGUGGAGAACUGUCUGUGACAUUGCUUCUGAGAAGGCCGGGAUGUGACGGGAGCGGAGUCUUAAAGACUCUCUUCUGUACGACACUCAACGCUCAACAACGGUUCCUCGUGUUCCUGAAUAUCUAACUUGCAGCUAAACAACAUGGUGCCUUGUUGGUCAACAUCCAAGUUAUCUUUCUGUAUUCUGUAAGUGUUGAUGUAAAGAAUCUUACACUUUACUAUCAUUUUCAUAACUAGUCUUUAGGUUGGGGUUAGGUGAUGUGCUGUAGGCCUAGUUGUUGCAAAGCUGUUUUCAUCAAUGUAAGUUACAAAAAUCUAACUGAAAACGUUUUAUUCUCUGUUGUUUUGACAAAUGUUAUUUAUUAGAAUAUGGAGUGUAAAGACUGUAUACUUGGAUAACAAAAGUGACAUAUGGUACAUAUUGCUGAGCAUAUUUUUAAUUCAAAAAUUAAUUGCAUGUAUUUGAAUCCAUGACUCAUCACUGAAGAAUUUUUAACUUUUUCUGAGAAUAUAAUUGUACACACAUCUCCUUUUUUUUUAAUUAUUUUUCAAUUAACAAUGGUGCUUUGAUUAUCUGUAAAGGCUACUGAACAGUUUCAUAUGAGGAUUGUACAGGGAUAAUCUAUUUGAAUUCAA